AUGCAGGCUUCGCGCCCAGGAAUACUGCGUGGUGUGCGGGCCUCACAAGUGCUGCAUCACCUGCCGUGGGCGUGGCUACGCCGUGAUCUGAAUCCUUUACAUGCUCUUAGCCAGGAGACAUCCAAGUUCGACCAGUUUUGGUCCCACAGCUGGAAGGGGGCAAUGUGGGCGAAGUACGUCAAUCUACUCUACCUUCAGACAUGCCUUGCAGCAAACGUUGCCGGCACGCUAAGUGCCAGUCUCGCCCUUGGCUUCGUCUCAGCAGGGUGGCUGGGAGCAAGACGAGGAUUCUGCCUCGUCUUCGGCUUUGUGACCUUUUGCUUCACUCCUUUGCUCUGGCGCUCACGGAGGAUUGUUUUUCUAGAUAUCGUCUGCAUUAACCAGGAGGACCAGCUGCUCAAGGCAGAAGCCAUCAUGA